AUGACUUUUCUGCCCUCAGAAGAAGAAGAAGAUGAUGAUAGCUGUGAUCGGAUUGCUUCUGGGUUUUCUACUUUCAGCAUUGUUCUCAAUCCAAGCCAAGCGAAGAAGAUCGAACGACCAUCUAGAGAAGAAGCGAUACGCCGAUAUCCUGUAGAUUUAACGCCUAAAAGCUACAGCAAGAGCGAAGUCGCAGAGCAUAACAAAAGAGACGAUUGUUGGAUCAUAAUCAAAGACAAAGUCUACGACGUUACUUCUUAUGUGGAAGAGCAUCCUGGUGGUGACGCCAUUCUAGAUCACGCUGGUGAUGAUUCUACUGAUGGGUUUUUUGGACCGCAAUCAAGGAUUUCUACAUCGGACAACUUCGCAAGGUUUAAGCUGAGAGUGAGCUUUUGA